UUCACCCCAAUGGCUUGAAACCUUGGCAGUGAUUGUGUCCGUCACUCCAAAGGCUUGAAACCUUGGCAGUGAUUGUGUCCGUCACCCCAAUGGCUUGAAACCUUGGCAGUGAUUGUGUCUUUCACCCCAAUGGUUUGAUUUCUUAGCAAGGGGCUUUCGUCAUUUUCUUAUAUUAGGACAUUUUUUUUUUAAUACCUUUCACUUUCUUAGGCACUGCGCCUCGGACUUCCCCAGCUGCCUCGCAUAUGCCAUUGGCUACCUUUAAGGAUCAUGCCACAUUGCAAAAUCCGUGGUCCGCUUGUGGGAAUCACAACUUGUCUUCUCCCCUACCUAAGUCUCUUCAAGCCGUACACCAAGAAAAUACUUCUGACACAUUGGAAGAGACAGACGAAAUUACUUCUGAUACGUCGGAAGAGGCCCAAAUUCUUGCAGACUUACUUGAAGCAAAUGGGGUUAACAAAUUAUUUGACAAACUUGAAGCACCCUUUGCUUUAUCUAGCCUUAUUUUGGGAACUUCCUCUAAUGAAGCAUCUCCUUCUAUUUUCACAGAAAAUACUACUGACACAUUGGAAGAGACAGACGAAAUUACUUCUAAUACGUCGGAAGAGGCCCAAAUUCUUGCAGACUUACUUGAAACAAAUGGGGUUAACAAAUUAUUUGGCAAACUUGAAGCACCCUUUGCUCCAUCUAGCUUUCUUUUGAGAACUUCCUCUAAUGAAGCAGCCACCCAUAUUCAGAAAGGUCUUAUUAUUUCUCUCCAAUCAAUGACGGAUGUUAAUGGCAUGAUUGCUGUAGCAAACAACGUUUUCAUGAUUUUGAAGAGUUUGGGUAUAGACUUCAUCUCCUUUUACGAGAAUGUGAAGAUAUUCCUUGGGUGCUUUGCUUUGAAAACCCAACUUGCAGAUUCUUCAAACUUGUCUACUGCAGAAUUUGAGGCCCAAUAUUACGAGAAGAAACUUCAUUUUGACAAAGUUUCUGGCGAACAUGAACAGUUGUCUGCUUCAAUUAUCAAGUCGGAUGAGCACAUCGCGGGUCUUAAUCAAAGGAUUAUUCAAACCAAAGAGUUACUUAAACAAGCGGAACAUGCAUCAUUUAUGUGUGAUUUUGCAUAA